AUGGGACAGACAGUGACUACCCCCUUAAGUCUGACCCUAAGCCACUGGAGCGACGUCCGGGACCGGGCAAACAACCAGUCGGUGGAAAUACGGAAAAAGAAAUGGGUCACCCUCUGUUCCUCCGAAUGGCCCACUUUCAAUGUAGGAUGGCCACGCGAUGGCACCUUUAACCUCGAUAUUAUUUCUCAGGUGGAAGCCAAAGUUUUCAGCCCCGGGCCCCAUGGACACCCCGAUCAGGUGCCCUACAUUGUCACCUGGAGGGCUCUAGCUUCAGACCCCCCACUUUGGAUCCAGCCCUUUGUUCCCCUUCCUAAACCCUGCUCUUCCCCUAUCACCCCCACCGCCCCGCCUCCCCUAAGAGAGCAAUUGUCCCAUCCCCAACCCACUCCUCCUCCACCCACUCCUACUUCCUCUUCUCUUUACCCCGCCCUCACCCCGCUCCAAGACAAGUCCCCAAAACCCCCCAAGCCUGCUCCCGUUUUGCCUCCAGACACGGGGUCCCCUCUUAUCGACCUGUUAACAGAAGAACCUCCUCCAUACCCGGAGGCUGCAACAGAAGAGCGAGAGCCUAGUUCUCUGGCGUCACCCAUUGCGGGGCGCCUUAGGGAUCGACGUGUGCAGCCUCUGAGCCAAGCCUCCCAGGCUUUCCCCUUGAGGGAGGGUCCAAAUGGUCGGCCACAGUAUUGGCCCUUUACCGCUUCCGACCUUUAUAACUGGAAGCAGCAUAACCCCCCCUUCUCUAAGGACCCCGUCGCCCUGACUAACUUGAUUGAAUCUAUUCUAGUUACCCAUCAACCCACUUGGGAUGAUUGUCAGCAGCUGUUGCAGACUCUGCUGACCUCGGAGGAAAAACAGAGAGUCCUCCUGGAAGCCCGAAAGAACGUACCGGGCGAUGAUGGGCGACCAACCCAGUUGCCCAAUGAGAUCGACACAGCCUUUCCCUUAACCCGCCCAAAUUGGGAUUUCGCCACACCUGCAGGUAGGGAGCACUUUCGUCUCUAUCGCCAGUUGCUCAUAGCGGGUCUCCGAGCAGCCGUGAGAUGGCCCACUAAUUUGGCUCAGGUUAAGCAAGUAAUACAGGGGAAGGAAGAAACACCUUCUGCCUUUCUAGAAAGACUUAAGGAGGCUUAUAGAAUGUACACCCCGUAUGACCCUGAUGAUGAAGGGCAAGCAACUAGUGUAUCAAUGUCCUUUAUCUGGCAGUCAAGCCCUGACAUUAGGAGCAAAUUACAGAGAUUAGAAGGGCUACAGGGGUAUACGCUGUCUGACUUAUUAAAAGAGGCAGAAAAGGUGUUCAAUAAGAGAGAAACUCCAGAAGAGAAAGAGGAGAGAAUGUGGUUAAGAAUGAAAGAGGCACAGGACGAGAGAGACAAGAAGCGGAGCAAGGAAUUGACUAAGGUAUUGGCCACCGUAGUCACUCAGGGACAGAACAGAGAGGGAGUCAGACUGGGAGAGCGAGAACGAAGAGGGACCAAACUAGACAAAGACCAGUGUGCCUAUUGUAAGGAAAGAGGACACUGGGCACGAGAGUGUCCCAGGAACCCCAAGAAUCUCAGAGGACCCCCGACGCCCAAACCACUGACUUCCCUACUGACGUUGGAAGACUAG